AUGCCGCCAGGAUCUUUCCUCUCCCCCGCAAAUUACGACGAUGAUGCCUCGAGUCUCCACAGCGAGCGCAGCGAUCAAGACACGGAUAGCGAAGACGAUGAAGUUCUGAUGGGCGCGCGAACAAGCGCAGAAAUCAGGGAACAUGAUCGCAGUGUAUUUACAGAAGAGGAGGAAAGGGAUAAAUUACUAGAGGAUAGUAGGAGGCGCGAGCGAAGGGGAAGCGCGAUGUCAUUGCCGAAGCCGUUGAAGAAGCUGUUUUCGCAGAGCUAUACACAUUUGCCGGGGAUUGGAUCUUCCGAGCACAUUAAUGAGAUUAAAGGGGAUGGGAGCGGAAAGCGGGAUCGAAGGAGACGGCGGAGAGAGAGGAGGAGUAAGAAGAAGGGGAAGUUGAUCGGGGAGGCAGAACAUGGGGAAAGAAGGGAGUUGAUGUAUGAGAUGGAGGAGGGAGGAUUGAAGGAGGGCAGUUCGACUGGCAGUAGCAGUGAUGCGGAGGGCAGUGAUGAGAUUGAUCGACGCGGUCUUCUGGGACUACACGACGAUAAAUCAUCAAGGAGAAGGAAAUGGCGGAGGUGGUGCUUUAUACACCUGUUGAUCGCGGUCGGGUUCUCGAUACUGGUACUCGUAGCCUGGAAACUCUCCUUGAAUCGCAAGGGUAUAAAGUACAAUCAGAAGAUUGUGAGCAAUGGAACAGCCUUGUUCGCGCCUACGACGAUUUUGAUAAGUUUGGAUGGGUUCAGGGCGGACUUCUUGAAUCGGGGUCUCACGCCAAGGUUGAAUGCCUUUGUCAAAGAAGGUAUCUCUCCGGUAUAUAUGAACCCGAGUUUUCCCUCAGUCACAUUUCCGAAUCACUACACACUGGUUACUGGCCUAUAUCCAGAGUCCCAUGGAGUUGUCGGGAACACAUUUUGGGAUGCGGAACUAAAAGAAGAGUUCUUUUACACAGAUGUCUUGGCCAUGCAGCCAAAAUGGUGGGGCGGUGAACCCUUGUGGGUUACUGCAGAAAACCAAGGCAUUCGGACUGCUAUACACAUGUGGCCUGGGAGUGAAGCUCAUAUAAUGGGCGUCGAGCCUGCAUUUCUGGAUGCUUUCAACGGAGAGGAGCUAUUAGUCAAUAAGGUCAGCAGAGUGCUCGAACUCCUCGAUAAACCUGGAGAAGAAGAUGAGGUGGCAGAAGUGGUCGAUAUGCGGCCUCAGUUAAUCGCCGCUUACGUACCAAACGUCGAUGCCGAUGGCCAUCUUUAUGGCCCCAACAGCACUGAAAUCAAGACUACGAUCAACGAUGUCGAUAUUAUGCUAGAUCAGCUUUUCCAAGGUCUAGAAGAGAGGAAUCUAACCAGUAUUGUCAAUGUGGUAGUGGUCUCUGACCACGGAAUGGCAACUACUGACACGAAUCGACUGAUCCAGCUGGACGAUCUCAUAGAUAUUAACUUAAUCGAACAUGCAGACGGGUGGCCCCUUUACGGUCUUCGUCCCAAAAACCCGGCGGAUCUUCAAGGUCUGUACGAUACACUUGCAGAAUCGUCAGCCCAGAAUCAUAAUUUUGAAGUAUACCUUCGAGACCAGAAUAUGCCAGAACGCUAUCAUUUCAGUAACAACGAGCGCAUUGCACCUCUAUGGAUUGUGCCCAAGACUGGAUGGGCAAUCGUCACCAAGGAGGAGUUCAAUGUCGCAGAUGCGAAAGAGCAGGGCCUUGCAUAUCAUCCCAAAGGGCUCCAUGGAUACGAUCAUGAACAUCCCUUGAUGAGAGCUAUUUUUAUUGCUAGAGGCCCAGCGUUCCCUCAUGCUCCGAAUAGUCGUGUGGAGCCUUUCCAAAACAUAGAAGUGUACAACAUAAUCUGCGACUCCCUCGGCCUAGACCCAAAAGCCAACAACGGGACCUUACGUCUUCCACUCAAGACCGUCGGCAUACACACCCCUGAAACCGCCUCCGAAGAUCCCAGCGAUCCCGAGCCUUCUCCCUCCCCAGCCUCAGACGCGGGCUCAGAUGCCGGUUCAGACGCCAUCAUCUCCAUUUCGCCUGUCGAAGCCAGCUCGGCCGCAGAUCCAAACGUCGUUCCUCCAACCAUGAUCGGCGUGGAUCAGCCAGAGGAGGUCAGUGUUGACAGACCGGUCGUUGGGGAUGAGACUGAGAUUGCGGCGGAGGAUAAAAAGUUUUUGGACUGGAUUAAGGGGAAGUUGGGGGAGGUUAAGGAUUGGUUCAAGGAACUGGGUGGUGGUGGUGGUGAGAAGGAUGCUGAGGGGGAGAGUGGGGAAUAA